AUGCUAUGGAACGGCGGUGGCUCCUCCAACUACACCGAGAUUCUCGCCAAGGGUGGCUACAAGUCCCGCUCCACUGGCACCACUGUUGAGGACGUUGAGACUCGCAUCAGCGGUCUCGUCAACAAGGCUGAGAAGGUCAUCGACCAGGAGCUUGGUGCCAUCUACAGUGAGAUCAAGAAGGCUGUUAUCGUCUAG